CCUAUUGGCGUAGGGUAUUCAUAUGGCAAGAUGGUCAAUAACUCGCGCGACGCGGCGCACGAUGUAUAUGACUUCCUGCUCAAGUUCUUCCAUCUGCAUCCGCACCUUGCCAAGCAUUUCGUGCUUGCCAGUGGGUCGUAUGGUGGUGUAAUUGGUGCACUUACAGAUACGGGAAAAAAGGUUUAUGUGCCGCACAUUGCAACAGUAAUUCACGAGCAGAAUGCUGCGCUCGCCGCAGGACGCGGUGUUCCCGGGGCAAAACAUAUCAAUCUUGAGAGUAUGAUGGUUAGCAACCCGAUGUCGGACUGGCUCUCGCACAAUCGCUGGGCGCUGCAACAACGGUGCUACCUCACUGACUUCUAUAAUGCGAGUGCCUGCCAUGCGGCCUACGAGGAGCUGCCCUCGUGUCUCGAGGCCAUCCAAAUGGCUUAUAUGGACGAUACCAUCACUCGCCGCUUCGACUCAAUACACAUAUGCAACAACAUACACCCGGAGCUUGUCGAAGGGCGGGACUUGCAGAACGUCGAGCUCCGCUGCAACGGUACGAUUGAGGACUGCUAUCCUGCCGCAGUAUACGUAGAUGCGUUCAUGAACCUCGCAAGCACGAAGGAGAAGCUCGGCGUACCCGAUGCGCUCAACUUUACAUUCGUUCGUAUGGACGUGUGGAAGGCGUUCUUUGAAACGGGCGACAUGGCACAGCAAGCGUAUCUUCUAUACGAACCUCUCCUUAAAGCCGGCUACCGAGUAUUGCACUAUAUCGGUAAGCUUGAUGCUAACUGCGGCUGGCCGGGCGUGCUCUCGACUCUUCGCCUUCUUCCGUCGCCGUACCAAUCCUCAUUCAAUGAUGCACCUGACUUGCCUUGGCCUGGGCAUGAAGCCACCGUGCGCGCUGUCGGCAACAGUAGUGAUAGUGACGGGAGCGGCAAGGGUGCGGGUGUAUUCGCGUUCGUGCUCAUGGCGCGCGCCGGCCAUUUCGUGACGCACGACCAACCUGCACUUGUCCGCGAGAUCGUGCGCCGGUGGGUUGCAAAUGUCGCAUGGAAUGAUACGCUGGAUGCGCUGAGCUAA